AUGGCAGCGCGUAAUGUCGUUCGGUUUCUUAAGUCAGCCAACGUUUCUUUCUCUAAUUUUGACCAAAGGGCAACUGGUGCUUGUGAAUUCUUUCGGCAGAUGACAGCAGAGAAGACGCGUAAAAUCAACCCCAAGGCAGAGAUUGUCCAGCAUACAACUGCAGUGGGCUCAGUGCCUACCAUUAAACUCGACUUCAUCAAUGGAAGUAAACAUGUAAUGGAGGUGCCUAAUAAGGAUGUUCGUGCAAUCUUUGAAGAUGUGGACUUUUACUGCUCGCAGAUUGAGACGGAGUACGAGAAGCAGGGCAAGUCGAUUGAUUAG